UUCUCCCCACUGUAUGUUUGUUUCCCUAAAAUUAAGUAUUUGUGUGAUUUAAUGAGAUAAGACAUGUUUACAUUUGCGUAUUCAAUCCAACAUUUGAUGUAAACAGUCAGCAACUAAACGCACAUAGUGUAUCUUUAAAUACUUCAAUGCGUUUUUAUUGAAUGUUGCCCAUAGUGUCAUUGUGCCAUCCUGGUAGGUUCCUAAGGUGAGUCUCUCUCCCCUAGAUAUGUCGGAGGCUGUCCUCAGGUGUAUGCGGUCAAGCCGCCGGCUCCUGGUGGUCCUGAGCCCCACCUACCUGACAGAGAAGAGUUACAGCCUGCUGGAGUGUCGCAUGGGCCUCUACAUCCAGCUCACCUGCCAUGCCCACAUAAUCACCGUCCUUUACAGCCCCCUCCCGAGACUACUGGCCUCUUGCACUGAGGCCAAGCAGCUACGCCGCAGUACUGCCACCAUCACCUGGAGGGGACGCCAGUCGGAGUCGUCCACCUCUCGCUUCUGGAAGCGCCUGCGCCUGGCCCUGCCUGUGAGACCGCUGGCCCUGGGGAGGAGGCUCAUCGAUAGCACCUCGUCCCACUCUGACCUGGCCACUUCUUUGGGCCAUCAGUGCCAGCCGCAGGAUGCCGCCGAGCCACAGAGACAGAGGGAUGGCAAGAGUGCUGCAGGCAACGGUGUCAGAGGCAGGGGGCGCAAGUGGAGGAUACAGAGGAUACAGGAGGCGCGCAGCAGGGAGAUGCCGAAUGCGGGCCAUGGUAAGAACUGUGGAGUGUGUGUGAGAGAGCCCCACGGCGUCUUGGGUAGGGCGGCUGUGAAGACCCAGCAUACACAUCAACCCACAGCAAACAGUAUCAGACCUGAAACCCAACCAAUACUUCAUCCAAGCAGCACAGAGACCCAAGCGGGACUUGACCCUAAGAGUACUGAAACUCCAGCAGAACAACCACAUCCUUUGCCUAGCCAACCACUGUGCGUGCGACCUACAGUAGAUAACAAUAAAAGCAGCAAUAUCAGGCAUGGCUGUGCACUGUAGAACACUGUCUGAAGACAGGGGCAACUGCAAUAAACUUGGCUUACAAAUUGCGAAAUGCUAAGGACAUAUCGGAUUAGAAUAGCAGAGGAGACAACUUUGUUUCUUAAGUGGAGAAAUGUGGAAAGUACAUUUUAUGGGUAUGUAAUAUAAAACUCCAGUGUUUGUGAUUGAUUGUCUGUUCUGUAUCUCAUUUGGUUCUUCACUGACCUAUUGAAGACGUCACCCGUUCACCAUUCACUGGCCUGGGUUGGUUUGUCGACCCAUCUGUUUAUCUGUGUGUGACUUUGUUGGGGGAAGGGGGUGGGUGAUUAGCAACCAGUCAGACAGGCUUCUGGGACAAUGAGGACCAUAAAAGAUUGGAGAUUGUUGGAACUGACUGAUAGAUACUAACUACCUGUCCAAGCAAACUGCACUGUGCUGAGUGUUUCUGGAUUAUCAUAAUAUACUCUAUCUAGUGUCCAUUUUCCUUCUUUGGUGGUCCUUUGAGCCCAUGACAAAUGGUACUCUAAUUUGGUUCAGAAAUCCAUCCAACUUUAUCAAUGCAAGUUUUUUAAGACUGUGUUCUGAUGUGCCACACAACAAUUUCCCGUCUCAGUGAAUAUGCAAUUCAUUAAAACUCGCUAGAAUUAUUUCUACAGGAAAUAUAACCUUGUCGCAAUGUUAUUACAGUGUAUUUCCUUAUGACAUUAAUGUGUUGUAUUGAAUGAGGGUUCUAAUAUCAAAAGCUGUACCCUUUUUCCAUAUGGAUCACAGAUUGAGGCAAGUUCAAUGACGACAUACUGUACAGCACAUUCAUAAUGCUGAAGUGCAGAAAAAGAGUAGAAAAAGGGAGGGAGAGAGAAUAUCGUGCUGUUUUCUCAAUGGCUGCUUUCAGUCAAGGUGCUAAUUUCCUUCCAUUGAGGCAAAUUACACACACAUUGAAGGGAAUCGUUUAAGCUUGCACCUGAAUAGUGCAGGAGACAGUACCUCUUAAGCUACUACACAUAUUAUUUCAACAGGUCUCGUUGAGAAAAAUAUUCAUUUUUUAAGUUACCUGGAAAUUGAUUUGAUCAACCUUAGAUCCAAUUAGAGCAUGAGCAAGGCAGACAUUUACAUAAUCACUGCUCAGAUUGAGUGGGAGUAAAUUGGUUUAGAAGUAUACAGUCCUGGCCAAAAGUUUUGAGAAUGACACAAAUAUACAUUUUCACAGUCUGCUGCCU